AAGGCUGCAGAAAGAUGUCUUAUCAACAGCAGCAGUGCAAGCAGCCCUGCCAGCCACCUCCCGUGUGCCCACCCAAGUGCCCAGAGCCUUGCCCACUUCCAAAGUGCCCUGAGCCAUGUCCACCCCCAAAGUGCCCUGAGCCAUGCCCACCCCCAAAGUGUCCUGAGCCAUGCCCACCACCAAAGUGCCCUGAGCCAUGCCCACCACCAAAGUGUCCUGAGCCAUGCCCGCCACCAAAGUGUCCUGAGCCAUGCCCACCUCAGCUGUGCCAGCAGAAAUGCCCUCCUGUGCAACCUGCUCCACCAUGCCAGCAGAAGUGCCCACCCAAGAGCAAGUAACAGCUCCAGUGUUCAUCAGGAUCAGGAAAGGAUAAGAACCACUGUCUCACCUGGGUCCACAGCCCUCCUUCACUUUCCCUUCAAAGCCUAUUAUGGAUGCAGAAGAAGCUUCUCCACCCUUCAGCCUGUAAGAAGCCUGUGAUGAAUCCUGGCAGUGAAUGAUUUCUUUCUGAGGUUGUCCUACCAUUCUCUCUAGGAGGAAGCUGAGAAAGGGCAGUCCUUGGCUGUGCAGGCAUCCCCCAGCUUCAGAA